AGGCGCCACGUGACGGUCGCACUCCCGGAUGUGACGUAACAAGACACGCGUGGCGCGACCCGCAGUUUCCGCAAACAGAAUUGCGUUUGGCUGUGCUGGAUGUGUGAACCUAUUGGGUACUGUACAACUUCAAGCCUUGAAAUCAGAUUAGGCACCACCAACCUCAUUUCCUGUUUCACCUUGAAUUUCUGUGAUACCAAAAUCUGAGCUUCACAAAGUUACUGAAAGUUUUGGUUCAUGAAGUUUCACCAUCAUUUCAAGUAAUCAUAAAUGGCAAAUUCUACAAAAGCAGAGGAAUAUCAAAAGAUGUCUCUUGAACAGGCAAAAGCAUCAGCAAAUUCUGAAACAGAGUCUUCGUUCAGUAUUGAUGAAAACACAACAGCUUCUGGGACUGGGCUUUCUGAAAAGACUCCUGUCUCUGGGCAAGUAGACACAGCAAGAAAGAGAAAAGUGUUUGAAGAUGAUUUUGUAAAGGAAAGUUCUAGUUGUGGGGAAGACACUCCAUCCAAGAGGAGAAAACUUGAUUCCGAAAUUGUCCCAGAGAAAAAAGACUGUGGUUACGAUGAAGACAAUUCAGAGAAAAGAAAGAGAGAAACUGAGGAUGUUCCAAAAGAUGAAUCUUCUACUGGAGAUGGCACUCAAAAUAAGAGGAAAAUAGCACUCGAGGAUGUUCCUGAAAAGCAGAAUAAUCUAGAAGAAGGACACAGCUCAGCCGUGGCUGCCCAUUACAAUGAACUUCAGGAAGUUGGUUUGGAAAAGCGUAGUCAAAGUCGUAUUUUUUACUUAAGAAACUUUAAUAAUUGGAUGAAAAGUGUUCUGAUUGGUAUGAUUGUUUUUUGCUGUUUAGCUUGCAAUUUUUCAUUUUAUAUUUUUAUGCUAUUAAGAUUCAUGGCAGAAAGUCGAAUAUUGUGGAACACUUGUGCUUCUGUUGACAUUAAGGUCCUGCAGACAGUGAAAUUCAUCCUUUCAGAUAUUGCUGAUGUUUCUAUCAAACAGUGUCAGCAGCGGUAUGAGGACAUGAAAAAUCGUCGUGACAGUGAAUAUAUUUUCAGUGCAGAAUUUAUAACUGCUGACUGCUCAAAGGAACUUCUGAUUGACAAAUUUCGUGACCCACAAAUGUGUUUUGACAUCUGCAGUUGUCAGUUUGUCUGUCAUUACUCAUUUGAGUCCUAUGAGCAGGCUGACAUGAUGCUGAGAAAUGCGUGUGAGAGACUUAGCCCUGGGGGCUAUUUUAUUGGUACUACUCCCAAUAGCUUUGAAUUGAUAAGACGCCUUGAAGCUUCAGAAACAGAAUCAUUUGGAAAUGAAAUAUAUACUGUGAAAUUUCAGAAGAAAGGAGAUUAUCCUUUAUUUGGCUGCAAAUAUGACUUCAACUUGGAAGGUGUUGUGAAUGUCCCAGAAUUCUUGGUCUAUUUUCCAUUACUAAAUGAAAUGGCAAAGAAAUACAAUAUGAAACUAGUCUACAAAAAAACGUUUCGGGAAUUUUACGAAGAAAAGAUUAAGAACAAUGAAAAUAAAAUGCUGUUAAAACGAAUGCAGGCCUUGGAGCCAUAUCCUGCAAAUGAGAAUUCUAAACUUGUCUCUGAGAAGGUGGAUGACUAUGAACAUGCAGCAAAGUACAUGAAGAACAGUCAAGUAAGGUUACCUUUGGGAACCUUAAGUAAAUCAGAAUGGGAAGCUACAAGUAUUUACUUGGUAUUUGCCUUUGAGAAGCAGCAAUGAGCAUGUAUGUAGUAGUCCCAGAGGGGCUAUGUUCUGUCCUGCACAAAUUUGAACAACCCAUCUCAAUAUAUUUGACAUUUCUCUGUUUGUUGAUUUUAAUUCCAAAUGUGCAGGAUGCUUCCAGAAACUCCAGUGUAGAAAUUCAACAUUUGCUGUCUGUGACAGAUGAACUUUUGCAUGUAUAUAUAAGAAUGAGUUGGGACCUCUGUCAUUAAAAAUCUAUUUUUAAGUAACAUUCUAAGAAUUCCAUUUGCAUCUACAAUCUUAGCUCAUAAAAAUUAUAAUAUGACUUGUUAAAGCAACUAAACUCUUUCCACAGUGCUCAGAUUUGUCCGGUGUGUGUUUACAGUAUUAAAUUUAUUGCGGUUGUGGAAUUGGUCAGAGAGCAUUUUCAUAGUGUGCUCGUUUCUAUUGUUUUAUUAUAUAGCAUUUUUCAAGAUUUAAUGGAUUGCAUUCUGUACAGUUGAAUGUAAGUGUUCAAUAUGUAUUGCUAAAGUUACAAGUUUAAAACUCAAUUUCAGAUGUUCAUAAAAGCAAAAAUUUUAGCAAUUUGUUGCAUUUUGAAAUAAUCAUUAACAUAUUGCAAUUCAAGAGCUGGUUAGACAUUUUAAGUGGCAGCAUAGAAUUUUGGAAUUUUGGGGCUUUCUUUUGAGAAUUUGCUACCAUAGCAAUUAAUGUUUCUAGUUACCAAGAUUGUGAUUUAGACACAUUUACCUUUCUUCAUUGAACCAUGGUGCCAUAGUUAUUUCUCUUAAGAUUUAGUGGAAAUCCCUCUCAUGUAAACAUGUUGCACAUUUUUUCCAAAUUUAUGCAUGGAACUGCUAUAGGAAUAUUCUCACCAACUGAUGCUGUGUACCCACUUCAGCACAGAAAUAAGCAAAACCUGCUCCUCUGUUACAACCUCAGCACUUUGCACCAUAGGAACCAUUGUUAAAGUUGUCACUUGUGUAAUUGACUGCUUUUCCAAAACUGGUCCCUAUGUGAACUGUUGUCCUUACUUUACACCACCGUUUGAAAAACUUGCCAGUUUUUAGAUGUAGAUGUAGUGAAAAACUUCAAGAAUGAAGCAGAGUAAUUGAGCAUUCUUUUUUAAAUUAUUAAGCCAUGGUAUACCAAAACAUUACUUUUUGUAGUAAUUCACAGUACUUGUUUUAAAAACAGAGUGUCUUCAUUAAUUUACAUCUAUUAACUGUUCAUGGUGUUAGAGUUGCAAACUUUUUAGCAAGAAAGCAUGGGUUUCCUCAUUUCAGUUCCUUCUGCCGUCUGUCAAUCUCCAAACUGUUAGCAGUUCACAAAAAUAAGUCUUUUUGCCUUAAGUCAUUUGGGAAAUACAUAAUACUGCAUCUGACUGGUGGCUGCCAUUAGCUAGGAAAGGUUUGUAAAUGAUGUCAGGGAGGUGGGGAAAAGGAAUCUUCCUGUUAGAUAUUCAGGUUCAUUUUUAUUCUAGGGCAGUGCCCGGAAGUAUAUUGAUAGUUUGGUAGGUACAGGAAAAGCAUCAUCAUUAUUUCCUCGUUUACAUUUACUGGUCUUAAUUAGUAGGUAAUAAUAAUACAUGUACUUUUAGCCUCUUUCAGCCAGUUCCACUCCCUGGGUGAUUUGGAGAAGAGAAGAAUCCUCCAAAGGAUAGAGUAGCCAGCAGUAAUACAAAGCAGAGAGACCAGAAAGAUAGAGUUCCUAAAGCCUCAGUGAAGAGAAAGGAGCAGAGAGUGAGAUCAGAUCUGAGAAGAUGCUCUGGGUACUGAGUUCACUGUUGUUGGCAUGGGGGAGGCUCCCUGUAGCCACCCCUGCAGGCACUAUGUUCAGGUGUCCACCUUUCUCCUUGAGCUUUGCCUGUCUGUUGCCUUAUCAGUUCUUCUUUCGCUACCACCCUCCACCCCACCCCCAUCCCUGUGUCUCCUUGCUGCAAUUAAUUUUUCUGGACAUUGACUUAAUUAUUAGAAAAAGGACUAAAGGUUCCCCUGACUAUCGUCUCCGAUCACCAAGGUGGAAGGGAGCUGAUAGGACUCUUCCUUGACAUACCCUGCAGUCUAAGUGUUUGGUUUUCUAUGCAGGACUUACGGUAACAAUUAUGGGGAUUCGGGGGGUAUGGCUUUUCACCGUUGGGCCAGGAAGAGCACCUGUUGCAGCAGGCUUGGUGAAGUGGGGCACUCCCAGACCUGCCAUGCAGUUUAUCCUCUGAUAAUGGAAUUAGAAAUGAAGGUCUAACCAGCUAUUGGUGGGAAUGACGGAAUUGGAGAUUGCAGUGAUUGAUCUGGAAACAUGGCUGGAUUGUGAUGUAACCAAGAAUGCUGAUGAAUUCUUCGGGCCUAGAAUAUACUUGAGAAAGCACUAAUGGCUUAUGUUGAGGGAGAGGAGCUGGCUAUUUUUAACCACAUCUGAGGGAGCCGUGUUCUAACCUGCGGAAAGUAUUGCAAGCAUGCUAGAGUGACACCUCUGCAGAGUCACUGCACCAUCGAGCUUGGCCCUCCUGUUCCUUCAGUACCCAACCAGGCACUCUGGGUCCAGGGUGACUCUCCAAAGAAAUUGACCUUCAGCCAGAGAAAACAUUGGGUGGAGACUCUUGCUUAUAUUAAUGCAUUCUUGUAAUGACUUAAAGGAAGAUUGCCAGUACAGUGAGUUUUGCAGCCUGCUCCCCCACCCACACCUGGAAAUUGAGGGAGCAUGACCACUGUCUGACUUCACAUGUUAAUAGAGGAUAAGUACAGAGUUGGGACUAUAUUGAUCAGCAUAGAAAAGCAGACAAACCAUGCUCAGCCAUGAGAUGGCCAGGUUUCCAGUUCUGUUAACUCUUGGGAAUUUCUUCUUCAGCCUUUUAGCUUAGUGCCAUUAUGUAAUUUUGAUUUGUAUUCAAGUAUUCUUCAAGUAUCACUGUGGUGAAGGUUUAGCUACUUGUAUAGGUCUGACUGCAGGACAAAAAUGCCAGUGUGAAUAUUCUAGCUACCAGACAUCGUUUUUGUUGAAAAACUGACUUUCUGUUGUCUACCUCAGGCCUUGUGCAUUUGGGUUAUCUCUAGCUAGUCCCCACACAGGGUUUCUACGUCUGCAAAAUAGAGGCCAAAUCCAGGGACCGGGCGCCAAUAACAGAAGUUGUACCAAAAUGCCUGUGGUACUUGAUGGUCUGUUGGUCAAAUAUGAAGUAUAAGUGUGUGAUGUUAGAACCUCCCUAGUUGCUGCUAUGUCAAACGCUACCCACUUAAGUGUUUUCAUUCUGAGCAGCAUUCCUAAUUCUUUGAAGGCAACCGGUGCAAAGCCUGCUACACUUAUGUAAUGAUAUUUAGCACAUACAUAUGGGACUGGAGCCCAGGGCACUGUCAGUAGUUCUCCCUCUUGUGCUUCCCAGUUUGUCCUCUGCCCCCAUGUAGGCCUAAAGCCACCCCACUGCUUAACGCCUGCCCCUAACCACAAUACUGAGGAAGUGCAGGACAUCCAAGGGUACUCUGCACAGCUUGGCUGUGGAGACUUUUGAGCAAGCCCUAAAGUCUCCUGCUCCCUGGACUUCUCCUGGGUUGUGCUUUCUUGGGGACAGCAUACUUUGGACAAAGCUGAGCUGACAGCUAAUGUUUAUUAGCCUCCUACCUAAGUCGGUCACUUUGCUAAAUGCUUCACCUGUGGUAAUUUAUUUUGAUUGUUAUAACAUCUCUGUGAGCACCAUUAUCCCCAUUUUAAUGAUGAGGAAACUGAGUCAUAGAGGGUACAGACUUGCCCAAAAGAGAGCCAGGAUUUUCACACCCACUCCCCAAGUUGGACCUGCCCUCCAAGUGCUUGUUAUAUACCUCCAAGGGUGUCAGCCCAGAUGACUCCUCACCCAUCCACCACCUGCAGUUUGAAAUGUUAACUAUUAGAGCCCCAUCCUUUUUGCUACUUAGAUGUUCCCUGGGAGGAGUGUUUAUUUCUGAGUAAGGGGUUUUGUUGAGAGAGAGGGGUAGAGAGAGCAGGAGAGCACUGGAGUGCACUGGCAGGAAGCAAAGAUAAGACCUGAAUUUCAGUUUGGUAGACCUCUUUUAGCAGCCUGACCUGUAGCAAUUCUAGUUUAGUCUGCAUGAUAGGGAGAAGGGUCCUCUUCCCGCCCUCACCAUUUGCAAGUGGCAGGAGCUGAGAAUGCGAGUGUAAGAGUGUAGCCAAGGUGAGAGGUUGCGAGAGAAGGAGACAGUUUUUUUCAGUUUCAGUCGAGUAUCCAGACAGAGGCAAAUAAUUUUGUUUAACUUUUUAUUAAAGUAUAACUAUAGAAACACAUCAGUGAUUUUUCACAAAUGGAACAUGUGCAUACAAUCAGCACCCCAGAAGUCCCCCAUCAGAUCCCUUCCAGUUAGCUACCUCUCCAAGGGAAACCACUAUCCUGAAUUCUAAGAGCAUAGAUUAGUUCUGUCUGGUUUGGGUGAUACAUGAAUAGAAUUAAGCAUUACGCAUCCUUUGUAUCUGGUUUCUUUCCCCCAGUAUUAUGUCUGUGGGAUUAUUGUUGCAUGUAUUUGUACAUGGUUUUUCAUUCUCAUGGUUGUAUAAUAUUUCGUUGUGUGAAUAAACCACAUACUAUUUAUCUGA